UAUAUAAAGUUUUUCAGUAGGUACUAUAUAAACCAUCGAGAUAGGAGUGGAGUGGAGGAGAUGUCACGUGACCAAAAAUGUGAUCACUCAUCACUCCGCCAUUUUGCUACUACAUUUUAGUCAUACCACGUCAAAUACUUGUUUGUGCUUGGGUUACUGAAUUCGUUUAUUUCGCAGUGUUAUUUAAGUUUUAUUGUUUUUUGUGUGUUACAAACUAAAAAAGACAAUGGUAUCGUGCGCUAAGAGAAGUUGUAAUCAUAGAGCUGGUGUGGAUAAAAAGAAAACGUCUGGAAUAACAUUUCAUAGAUUUCCAAAGGAUCCAGAACAUAGAAAAAAAUGGAUUACUUUUGUAAAUAGAGGAGCUUGGGUACCUACAACAUAUAGUGUGUUAUGCUCUAAGCAUUUCUCCGAAAAAUACAUUGACCGAACCUCCAGAUCUCUUGUUAGAUUAAGAGAUAAUGCUGUGCCCACUAUUGAUCUUAUGCAGCUCCAAGAGAUAUCUAAGCUGGGUGGACGCAAUGUAUAUGAUUUUAUUAAAAGGGCUUUUCAACUUAUCCUAUCAAAUGACCAAGCUCUAAAAUAUAGUUGGAAGGGCAUGAAAGGAAACAGAAAAUUUAAUGAUACCCGUUUAGCAACGCUGUUGUUAAGAGCCGCAGAUGUUACAGGACUAGCAGAUUCUCAAAAAACAAGUGAAUGUGCAAUUCAAACUUGGUUGAGAAGGGCAAGUGACAGGAAGGCAACAGUGUUAAAUAAAACUUUUUAAAAAAUAGGAAAAAAGUUAAAAGUUUUCCCUUGGGUUUUCUUGGUAUUAUAACAAAGUUUUUAAUUUAUAACAUUUUAUAAGAGUUAAUUGAUUUUUGUUUAAAGUUAUAAAAUAAUAUAUUUUUUUUUAAUGUUACCCGUCACUUAUAAACUCUAUGAUUGAGAAUACAGUUCAACGUUUGUGAAAUAUACAACAAAUUUUUAUUUUAUAUUUUACUUAUAUUUUUUUAUUUAUAUUUGUAGUAGAUUAAGCAGGUACACAUUGGUUUGUAGUUAAAAUAUACAUAAAAAUAUAAUAAAUUUU